AUGUCAACUCGCAAUUUGAUUGUAUUUGGUGGUAAUGGAUUCCUAGGUAAACGUAUAUGCCAAGCUGCUAUAAAAUCAGGUUUUAAUGUUGUAGCACUAUCAAGAUCUGGUAGACAGCCAGAUCCAAUGACUGCAAAUGACAAACAUUGGAUGGACAGAGUAUUAUGGAAAUCAGCCGACGUCUUCAAACCAGAUUCGUACAUCGAUAUAAUAAGGGAGCACAAUACUACUGAUGUUGUUCAUUCUAUUGGUAUCCUAUUAGAAAAUCAAUCGUACAAGUCAAUAAUAAACGAUGUCCAUUUCCCACCUUGGAGAGGGAAAAAUCCAUUAUUACAUCCUAGAAAAACCAAAAAUCCAAACUUCACUUAUAAAAUGAUAAAUACACAAAGUGCGAUACUAUUGAAUUCAGCAUUCAAUGAUGUCUUGAAAGAACGAUCCCAAGGUAUUCUUGAUAGACAUACAUUUACUUACAUAUCUGCUGACAGGGGCUUUCCACUCUUACCUAAUGGGUAUAUAAAUUCAAAGAGAGAGACUGAGGCUUAUUUAUUGAAUGACAAGAAUGGUGCUAGAAUCGCUAAACCAAUUAUAAUUAGGCCUGGCUUCAUGUUCGACGAACAAUCUAAUUUGAAUCUUAGGUCAGUACUAAACAGUUCUCUGGAGGCCCUUAAUUGCCUUAAUGAAACGAUUCUUAAGAAAAAAGUUCAACUCAUUAAUGACAACAUUAGGGCAACUGUAGCGACUCAGCAGGUAGCAAGAGCCGUUAUCGAGAAAAUCAAUGAUCCUAGUUUUGAAGGAAUAGUUCGGCUCGAGGAUAUACUUAAAAAUAAUCAAUAG